CUAGGUGACGGGGCGGGACCGGUGAGGACGACGGCAGCUAGGCCACCGACUUUCGGCAAUUCUCAGACAUGGCAUCAUCCACUGAUACAGAUAUGCUGGAAGAGCAUGUGCCCGUCAAGACAACUACUGUUCAAGUGAAGUGGUGUGGCAAUGAUUAUGAUGUGGUGGUACAAUCUGAUGCCGAUGUUGGAGAGCUAAAGCGACGUGUCGAACACGAUACGGAACUUCCUUUCAAGAGGCAAAGACAUAUAAACACUCAGACAAAUGAUGAAUUGGCUGAUAAUUAUCGUGUUUCUCUGUUGGACAGUCCACCCACGACGUUUCUCAUUGGGUUGAACAAACCGGACCUUCCACUCUACUCGCGGUAUUUUUCUUAUGACAACACAAACCGCAGCUGCUCUGUCAAGGCCAUUAAGCUAGGGAAGAAAAAAGACUUCCUUUCUGAUUUUCAUGAGGUGCCUACUGCCUUCUUCAGAGGAACCUACACUGUAGGGAGUUUCACCACUGAUUGCCUCUUGAAGUGGUAUGAUGCUAAAGACAAACACAAAGUUCUUUCUUCGCUCCGACUGAUGAGCACCUGGAGGCACCCAAAUGUGGUGGUGUUGCAGAAUAUCUACAAGUUGCACCCAGAUUAUCGUCUUAUAAUAUCCACCAGCUCUUUUGAUGGUACCUUAAAUGGAUGGCUCAAGCAUGGUGAAAAGAACAAGAUUGAAGAGAACAGGAUUUUAAAUAUGGAUGGAAAAUUCACCCCUGUUUUCAGCAGAAUCACACUAGAUCUACUUGAUAUCUUGGACAAGAUGAUUAGACGUAAGAUGUGUCCGAAAGACCUUACAGUUGACAACCUAUAUCUGAAGACUGUGAAUGGUCAACCUCAACUUAAAGUAUUCUUCGAUGAUGUUGAGGAUCUCAGGGAUAAGACUCAAAAGUAUAUGGAAAAACUAUAUGUGAAACUAUGUGCGGAGAUAAAGAAAAUUAUGACAGCCGACGUUUUGAUACAAAUGCACACAGGGACCAGGGCGUACUGUGAUUUCAUUGAGAAACAUGGUCCUGACUUCAUUGGCAAAAAUUUGGCAAAAGUUGCCAAGUUUUAUCCCAUUGAGUGGGAUGAUGAAGACAAGAGCAAGUAUCUCAUUGACAUAUUCUCAUCAACUCGAGAUUGUAGUGCGGCUCUUAAUGCUUGUGGAAUAAGAUGGCCAAGAAAUGAGUCUGAAGAUGACAUGUGUCAGGAGCUGAAAACACUAAAAGAAAUGAUGGAAAGAGCGAACAUAGAUAACAACAAAAGGAAGGCGGCGCUGAAACUUCAAGGAGCCGAGGGUAGAGCUGCGGCCAACAAGAUCAGGGAAUACAUAUGGAACUGUGAUAUUGACUAUCCAAAUGAUCUUGUCAGGCUCGUGAGGAACCUAUGGAAGCAUUUCUCCACGUACCCUCACUACAUUAAGACGCACCUUGUGGGUAGCCAAAGUGCUGUUUUGCGCAAGUUCGAGCAGUGGUGCCCUGAUGCCUGGACGUUGAUCUACAACACCGUGGGCCAACCAUGAAGCAAGGAGACUGGUGGUGGUGGAGGCAGCCAAGGAGAUUGCAAGCAAGGAGGCUGAAGCAACGUUUUUGGGAAUUCAGUAGCAUGCAUGGAAGUGACGAGAGCAAUGGGUAUUUUUUUUGGAAAAAAAAUUAUAUGAGACCAGGUCUCAUAUAAACCAGGUGAGACCCGUCCUG